AUGCAGUUCGAGUACGUGUUUGAUUUCUUGCAUUGGUGUCCUUUGCUUCCUGGUGUUAGGAAGGAUAACCUUUUUGCGCAAAUUUGGUUGAUUGUUUUGAUGGCUUUGCUAUUGGGGCUGCUUGGAAGGGUUUUCCCUUCUAGUUCUUUUGUUUGUGGGGAUGUGUCUUGUCCUAGAGGAUCCAUCAGGCACUCCAGUCUCCAGAGAGAACGAGGCAACAAUGCAGACAAGCCAACUUCCCAUUUGCAACAACCAGUUGCGUGGCCACCUGGCCUGCUUGCGUCCAGUGAAGGGAGUCCAAUGCCCAAGUCAUAUACCGUUCAGCCCACUGGAAAACAAACUUCCAGUCACUCCAAAUUCACUUUUCAAGCAGCAAAGUGA